AUGCACAGGCCGCUCGGGACCGGGAUGGUGCUCGCUGAUCCGCGCAUUGCGCGGCAUGGUCUGGAACUUUGUCGAUGUGCUGCUGACGAGUCCCUUGGCCUUGUCCCUCAAGCUCAGCAGACUGGUCGGCUUGCGCACCCCGCCGCCUCCUUGGUCCGGGUUGAAGUCCUCCCGCACGCCCUCAAGCGUCGGGGCGUAGCGCUCGUGCCUGCGCUCGAGCAGGCCGGCAGUCAGCGCCGCGCUCGUGUUCUCGGACAGGUUGAGCAGGUUCGGGUCUGA